GGGCACAAAACCCAGGCUGCCUUGCCCCAGGGCUCCCCUGAGGACAGAAAGCCUGGUACUGAGCUCCCACCUCCCUCCCUCCCUGUCCCUUCCACACCCCUUGCUUCCCACCCACUCUGUCUGGGAACAGCAGUACUGAGUGCGCCAGAUCGGCCAGCAGCCUGGUUGUGUUUCCUCCCAGCCGCCUGGCUCAGGAACCUCGGAGAACGAACAGGAGAUGGAUUAUCAGCUCUCACUGCCCCUCGCUCCGCCCUAGGUGGCCCCCAUGCCGCUCUGGGCAAGAGGAGGGACUUUCCGCCCCCUUUCGCCUUUUUCAGAGGCGGGAGGCUGGGCUGCAGUGGAGUUUUAACUGAGUUGGAACCGGGUUUCCACAGGAGUCGGAGCUGGGAGUUCGCAGCGGCCAGCUGCUCUGGACGGGACGGGACGGGACGGGACAGGAGGGAUCCCUGUCCGGGAAGGAUGCAAUUGGAAUAUCCCAUCCCUGCCUCCUCUCUGCGCAUCCUGCCUUCCGUCUGUGACCAAGGAGGCUGCGGCAACCUGGGGAUGGUGCUAGCUCCAUACCCCAGCUCUGAGCCACCCCAGAGCAGUGGGCCGAGUGCAGGCAGCGGGGCUCCCACCCAGAUGGGCGAGGCGACCAAGCCCCCCUACAGCUACAUUGCACUCAUCACCAUGGCCAUCCAGAGCACCCCGGAGAAGAGGAUCACCCUGAACGGCAUCUACCGGUACAUCAUGGGCCGCUUCACCUUCUACCGGGACAACAAGCAGGGCUGGCAGAAUAGCAUCCGCCACAACCUGUCGCUCAACGAGUGCUUCGUCAAGGUGCCCCGGGACGACAAGAAACCCGGCAAGGGCAACUACUGGACCCUGGACCCCGACUGCUACAACAUGUUCGAGAACGGCAGCUUCCUGCGCCGCCGGCGCCGGUUCACCAGGAAGCGCGGCCUGCGGGAGGCGCCGGAGGGCGAGGCGGAGGGGGCGCGGAAGAAACCGCCCAAGUACCGGGCCCGGCAGCACCCCCAGCCCUUGGCCCUCUUGGCCGAGGAGAUCAAGACAGAGAGCAACUACUCCUCCCCUGCUCCCGCCAGCCAGGUGCUCAGCUCGUGCGGGGGGCAGACGGGAGUGAGACAGGCGCUGACCUUGGAGGUCCACGUGGGUACCAAGGAGUGUGGCCAGGGCAGCAAGGAGCCCAGCAUCCAUUGCCCAGAGCAGCCAGGCCAGGCCAGCCUGCUGACCACUAGGAAAUACCUGCAGAAACCCAGGCAGGCGUGUCUGUACCCGCUGGAGGGGCCGGAGCCCAAACCCCAGCUCUUUGAGAAGCAGCCUUGCUACCCUGGCCUCGAGGGGCGCCUGCUGGAGACCCAGGGGCAAGAGAGCCCCCGGCUGAAGGAGACUGUCUUUGGGGGGCUUCAGCCCCCCAUCCAGCUAGCUCAGCCCCCAUACACUGCCCCGGGGGAGCGAGUGACCCAACAGCACCCCCAGCUGACCAGGGACAUCAAGGAACCGCCUCAAGCCACACCAGCCCUGACUGUGUCUCCCGACAGUGAACAGGAGGGUAAGGAGUCUGGGGCGUGCACCAUUGGGCUGUCCCAGCCAUUCAGCCAGGUGGCCCCCGUGUUCCCAGCCCUGCUGGGGCCCAGCAAGCCCUCGCUGCCCUGCAGCCGGCAGCCUUCGCCAACCUGCUUCCCCUCCUUCGAAGGCGACAGCUAUAUCAAGCCGACACUGCCCGUCUUCAGCUCCUUCGGCUGCUCGGGCUCUGACACAUUGGGCGGGAACUACCAGUGCCGGGUGCAGGCGCUGAGCUUCUGCAUGAACGAGAGGGCGUGCAACUCGGCCCUGGAGCACCUCUUGACAUCGUCACCGAGCACAGCUCCCGUGACCCCCAUCCAGCCGCCCCCCUUCAGACCCGCCGUCCAGCUGCAGGGGGAGCAGAAGGAGUCGUGGGGUGGGAGCCCGUUCUCCCUGCCAGGAGGGAAUGGUUACCAGCUGGGACUCCCCCACUGUCUUUACAGGACACCUGGCAUGUUCUUCUUUGAGUGACAGGCCCUGCCCAGGACAGACCUUGCCCUCACAGCCUCUCUUGCCACCCACCGCUGUGCCCAGGACACCCCUGGCCAUUCCACCUGCCCUUUGGAGAGCUGACGCCAAGGAAGGGACUCUCCAUGUAAGUUAUUCUCUCCUACUGCUUCCUGCCCAGUGGUGACUGCCUGAUGGAGCUAAGAGGGACCCUGGCUCCCAGGAGAAAUCACUUUGGGUACCGUACCACCUGCUGCCAGCAUCCUUUUGCCAUGGCUGUUAUCCCACGAAACUAGAACCCUGCAUGGGAGACAGGGGCUGAAUGGAACUGUGUCCUGGCUUGUGGAAUAAAACACAUCCCCCAACUGCAUCUCGCCUCGGUGUCUCUGCCUCGGCGGCCCGGGAGCAUCAUGCGAAGGGCAGGUGGGACUGAAGAGGUGGAGGUGGGGGGAGAAGGUGCUGCUUGGGGUCAGCUGGUUCUCCCAUGCCCUGCACCCUGACUUGUCAUUUACACCUCUUGGCACCAGCAGUGUUCUCCACUCACCCCUGCAGGAGCAUGGCACGGGGACCCAGCCCCGGGGGCUUUACUGGCCUCUCUAAAGCAGAGUGUUAAAGGGACGCACGUGGUUUGUACUGUAAGAAGGUUUCUGCCGUCGGCUCUCUGUGCUGCAAUGGGGCUUACACACCAGGGUAGACACCUCAGAGUCACAUGGGGCCUCGGGCGGUUGUUCCUUAGAGGGAGGAGUGCAGGCUGCUGGGUGAAACCUAGGUCAUGAGCUGCUGAAUUCAAAUCCCAGCUCACCACUGAGGAGUCUAGGCCCAGCGCUAAGGCCGGUGGCCCAGAUUUUCCAGCAUGACUAGUGCUGUUGGCCUAAAUGGAGACACUGUAAAGAUGCCGAUGUUGGGAGGGUGGCGGGUGCUCGGCAGCUCCAGGAAACCAGGCACCUGCGAGGUGGCUCAAGCUGGGCACCCAGCGAUGAUGGGAUGUAAAAUCAAUGGGCACCUUUGGAAAAGUGCCUGCCCAUCUCGGCAUGGCUGAGACCACCUCUGUAAAACAGGGACACGGACACGUGUGUCUCGGGGACUUGCAAGGCCCAGCGCUGUGGCCGUGCCCACCCCAGACACAGGCAGAGUAGGCUGGUGUUUGUGUUGCACUCGCCGAGGGGCAGAAAGGGCGUCCUAACAAUGAUUUUGAAUCAAAUAAUGAACUAAGCCAUGAAGGGCAAAGCUCGCUGCAGCCACCCACCUGGAAGUGCCCCUUAUGGCAACAGCGCUUCCUGGGGCAGCACAUGGCUUCCUCUGCACCCGGGGGAUAGCGGGGAGGAAUCCUACUUCCUUUGGCUGGUUCCACUUUCAGCUGGCAGAAGCCAUGUUGCCCCUUCCUCCCGGGCAGGGCUGCUGGGAGGGGCCACAACCACCCCAUCCCCUGGGUGGGGCUCGCUCACCUGCCCCCAGAACUGCCCCUAGUGAACGUAGGUCCUGAUCUCCAUUUGUCAGGACACAGGGAUGGGGUGGAGGGAGAGAGAUCGCGCCCAUCUGCAGUUCCAGCAGGCCAGUGCCCUGAGCCAGCUUGGGGAAGGCUGGCGCAGAGAGGAUAGGCUGCAAGUCUGGGCCUUGGGAGACCCUGGUGCAGCUGGCUGCUCUGCUUCAGAUUCCCUGUGCUUUAGGCUCAUCUGUCCCCCUGCUAUACGCUGGCGAUAAGAGCCGUGCCCCGCCCCACGGGGGGAGAUUGUGCGGUGAUGGCGGCCAGGUGAGUGCCUGAGGCAGAACGCAACUGAGCCCCAUCUCCUGCUUCCGGAUCAGUGUGGGUGUUACCUGCACCCUGCCGCAGGCCUGAGCACAGUUCAGCCCCCUCAGUGCCAGCGGGCUCGAUGUGUGAUGGAGCUGGGUCCGCACGCUGGGAAUGGGUCGUUUCUGUACCGCAGCCUGAGCCCCAGAGCAACAGCCAGCUGUGGGUGUAAGGGGUCACCCAGCAGGCAGGGUUAAUAGCACUCCAAACCCUCCAGGUAGCAGGAAGAGUAGUUCCCUGGGCAGGGGCUGGGGUGGGGUGGGGGUUGUAUCAUGUUUGUAGCCCCCCCCCCCCCGGGCAGUGAGAGUGUGCAGAAACCACAUCCGAGAUCUAGUCUACCUUGCUAAGCUCUUUGCAAACCCUCUCGGAAAGGCCCAGACCUAACCCAGAGAGCUUCCAGGCUAGGCAUUCGACAGGAUGCAGCGCGGGACAGCCCCGGAGCAGCCCCUGGCACGGCUCAGAGCGGAGAGGAAAGCAGCAGCAGGAGAGGGGAAAGUGAAUGUGGGUUUGCAGCAUUCUUCCAGCUUUACUCGUGACACACAGGUCUGACUCACUGCACGCUGUAGGACUCCACAGGAGAGGUGCUGGGUGGACGUGUGGGCAGCAGGACUAUAUUUGUGCCGGGCUGAAGAUUGCAAGUAGCAGGGCAGGAGCUGGGCUGGGAUACAACGUCUGAGCGUUUCUGUGGGGAGGCUGAGGCCUAUAUCACGAGUUGCCAGCUGAGUCAGAGGAAAAGGAAGAUGUUCUGGCUGCAGCUGUAGCUAAACUCUGGGGGGCAAGGGAGCCCCCAGUCCCUUGAGAAGUGUUUGCCAGGCUAAUCCCCUCCCUCUCCCCCCACUGAGGGUGUGCAGCACCCCACCCCUCCCCAGAUGGUGCCCCCCGGAGCGGCAGGCUGUUCUUAGACAUGGUUCCCUGCUGGCAGUGUGCUCACUGCCCGGUCACCAGUAUCUGGGCUGAUGUCUCAGCAGCAAUGCACACCCUGGGCUGCAGCCUGGCCCCUCGCACCGGCCUCUUCCGAGAGUCUGCCUGGCUUUUCUUCACAGCACUGUCCGGACGCCCCAUGUCAGAUGGACCCAGGGCAGCUCCCAGCCACACAUGGAGGGUAGGAGUCCGGGGGGACAGGCCUGUACUGAGGAAGAGUCCGUGCCAAGUCUGAGCCCGCAUCCUCCUCCCCCCCCCCGCCGCCAAUGCCAGGGAGCAGAGAUGAGAUGCAUUUGUGGAGAAGUUUCCAGACUUUCAGGGUGGGAUGGGGGUGAACAAGAGAGUGGUUGAACAAGUCACCCCCUCAGCUCAGGGCCCUAGGGAAUGGCACACAGGGCGUGAGGUUAGCCAGGGUGCCCCCCUCGUGAGCAGCAGGCAGGAAUGGACCUCUCUGUUGCUCGGGCUGAGAUGCUGGUCCCUCUCCUCAUCUGCCAAACAGGGAAAUGCUGAAACUGCCGAGUUCCUGGCCACGAACCAGGAAAGGGAGCUGGAAUUACCCAGUGGACAGAGGGGAUCGUGUUGCCAGAGCCACCACCACCCCACAGGCGUUGGCUGAGAAAGAACAGCCCCAGGGCCUUUCUGGGGCAUCCAGGGAUGAUCUUCUAACACUCCUGGGCCUGAAGGAAAACAGGGCUAGUUGUUCUGGCCUCUCCCCAGCAGGGCCACAUGGCAAAGCCAAGCGCUGGCUGAGCCCCCUUCUGCGCCUCCGAGGCAGAUGGCAGGACAAUUCCUUCCUCCUUCACCACGGUGUGGAAAGGAAGGCUCCAGAAACCCAGCCUGCUGCUGCGAGAAACACCGUGCCAGGGCCACCCCAGCCUGGUGCCGCCACCCCCAGGAAAUGCCAGGCGAACGCAGCAACACCUGCCAGGCUGCUCGGAGCAGGUGGUCUCACGUUUGCCCCAACCCCUGGCAUUCAUAACCCAAGAGCCAGGCCCAACAAAAUCAGAGAUCAGGAGAUUUUAUACAACAGCACAUUGUGGGGUCUUUGCCUUCUGGGGUUUGAGCCUUGAGGGGCUACAUUUUAAAGCUUUUCUCCGCAAGCGUGAGGGCUAGAAAUUUACUCUUUUAAAACGAAAGCGGAGAGUCUCUUCUAAUAACCUGACCCCAAGAGCUGGGGCUUUAAGAAAAACACAAAAUAUUGCAAGACUGUUAAUAAAAUGAGCAUUGCCACCAC